UGGUACGCGGGUCGUGGUUCGUCUGGCGAUAAGUGGGUUCGUGGAGCACAAUCAGCUUCAUUGUGACGAUUGACGAUCGUGAAUAAGGGGCGAAGCUCUAGUGGUGCACGCAAUCUAGUGAGCAUCGGCAAAAAUUGCAAGUGUACACAUGCGAAACAUGUGCUGCUGUCCACCGGAAGAGAAAACAAGUAGAGAAACCAUCAUAGAGUAGGCGAUGAAAUGGUUUAAAAAUCGAUCGAUUGAUCACACUCUGUAACGUUUCUAUUCGGAUGUUGAUCAAUGAAUCAGCUGUAAAUAAUGAGUCAGUAGCCAGUAGCAUCGCACAUCUUUCCUUCUGCACCUGCACCAUUCAAUUAAGGCUGUUCACUUUCACUUGUUCUUUUUUAGUAAUUAUCUCCUUUCCUCACUGUUGCUUCUUUGGAGUAGCUUUAUUACAUAUUUAAAAGCAUUUCUCUUAAUCCUUCCCUUUCAUAUAAUAGUUCAUACCUUCUUCAAAGGUUUGUAAUCAAUUUUGCUGAUCUGACAGAAAUUCAGGUGGGCUCGUCAGCAUCCAACAUAUUACCGUAUUACCGGUAUGAAUCCAGAGAAAUGACAAAAAUUUCCGGAUAUUAACACCUUGCGGACCGGUUUUUCCUACCGACUCCUCGUGGACAAGAGUUUUCAAAAGAGCACCCCGGCGAAAGAAAGUAGAUUACGUCGUUUACAACUCAACUCACAGCUGACUCACCGGCACCGUUUGGCAACCGGUGCACGCUUGAUUGAUCUUAAAAAAACCCUCCCAAAGAACCGGAUGCCAGUGAAGGGCAGUUUAUGAUGGGUGACCAUACCUUAACGUCUGUGAUAUCACGGGCAUGGAAUGCAUUUCUGCACAGGUUCCCAAUGACACGAUCCGGGAUACAGGUGCGGUGUGUAUGGUUAUAUAAAUUCCAUCAACGCUCGGGCACGAUCCUGGAUGGAUGUUGAAUCGGUGUAAUAACCAGCUUACGGUCCCAGUGAGUCAUCCUAGCCAAUGCGGGAACCUUCUUUGUUUGGUGUUUAAAUGGAUUUUUGUGGGUCAAGCAUAGAGUGCUUUAAAUUGCCAUUUUUGGAUGUACUGAGGCAGUAUUAAUUCGACGAGAUCAACCACAGAAUUUUUAUUUACAAAAACGGUUAGUUUUUGGCGAUAUGCGGAACACUUCACGAUCCAAAUAAGAAUGACACGAAUGUCGAAUUAUUAAAGAGCAAAAUUUUGCCGACAGUACAGGUUAUUAAUAUAUAAUUUAUCUCCAUACCCCAAAGAAAAAACUUAGGUUUAUUCGUCUUUUUUAGCACCAUUUACUACCCCCUUAUUUACAUCCCCGUAUCAAGGCGACAUCAUUCCAAAAUUUUAAAAAUUUAGUCACUCGAUCGUUUGCUAUCUUUGCUGCUUGAAGAAGGAAAAAAUAUAAGCGGACACUUCCUAAUCGGAUCCUGCUACAACAUGCCCAACCUCCACGGAUUCUAAGAACCAUCCGAUGACGACGGGUCCGAGUAACAAGAAGACAAAUCUCACCCGAUAGCCACGAAACAGAAGACAAAAAAACGAUCAUUUCGUUUCGCUUCCUUUUGCGUUGCGCCAGUGCAAUGUGCGAGAACCUCGAACGCGUAACGCGUCCUGUUGCCGAUCGGUUCGAUCGGUACGCGGGUAGAAUUAAUUAUGCCAUUGUAUCGAGAAUCGGGCGAAUGUUUGUUUGUGCGUUUUACCUUCGCUCUGCCUCCUACAUCGCAACCGAACCGAUCGGUGUCCAUUCACUGGGGGGAGAGCGGGUUGGUCCACACGCGAACGAUACGGUGACCGCACCGACUGUGUCCGCGUCUUUUACUUCACAAACUUAUGGUUUGACCAUUGCCUUUUUCGCGCUAAUGCCCGGUAUGCAAAUGAACCGGUUCCGUACUGUGUUCCCGGCGGCGGCGGGAACAGUUUUCUUCUCUGUCGCGUAUUAGGUUUUUUUUGUGAUGAGUUUUUUUGUUUUUCGAAAACUUUUUUGUUUAGUUGUGUAUUUUGUUAUUUUGUGUGCGUUUUUUUGUUUUUGUUGUUUAUUGCCCAUUUGUGACGCAAAGUGUUUUCUUUGAUGAAAUUUCGUUACCCGUUCUUGAGGGUUAGUUUUACAUCGAGAAGCGAACGGAAAACGUGGUGCCACUGGUAUCCCCGUGGUUUAAAUAGAAUAUGACAUAAUUAAAAACAUAGGCGCACGACUUGAUCUUAUCUACCGAUCCUUAUGGGUUUUAGUGAUUAGAUUGUAAAUCGCUUCCGUGAUAAAAAAAAAACAUUUCUUUUGGGUCACCAACAAGCAUUGCGACAGUAAAGCAGUGAAUGGAUUGAUUGAUUACCUUUUGUCCAGUUUGUUUGAAGAUAAAACUAAGUGCAGUGUGUUGAACUAUCAGUUUAGAAACAUGAAACCAGGCUAAGAAUAUUCUACUCGCAUAUAGUAGUGUUUAACAUCAGUGUGUUCAACUUUAGUCAAAUUUUUUAUUAAGUAAACCCAACGCGUUCAAGUAUGCCAUAAUGGUGCCCAUACCGAGUAAAGACGUGCAGUAACAAAUCAAUCUAGCUCUCAACCACCCAAAGCCGGUGUUAGUCCUUAUAGAGAAGGUCUCUUGUUCAUCAGGCCUUAUACUCAGCUAGUCGAUGCCGGAAACAAGUGCAACUAGUCGUCGUAAAGCAGCAGCAGCAGCAGCCAUUAAUAGCGAUCGGUACAUCAGGAACGGUACACGAUCGCGAAGAUGAUGACCGAACGGCGGAGCGAUUUUGUGCUAAAAUCCGGCUAUAUGGUGAAACGGUCCCAAAACAAAAAACGCUUCACGCCGGUCAACUACAAGACGCGCUGGUUCGAGCUGACGCGUUUCUAUCUCUCGUACUAUGAUAUUGGAAAUUUGGAGAAACGACGCGAACGGGGCAGAAUUAGUGUGAAGGGUGUGCGGCUCGUUGAACCAGCUCUACUGCACGGUGAAGGUGGCGAUGCAGCAGCACCGGAUGGAUAUCCUUUUCAAGUAGGAUACUGCGAAAGUGACGGCAUCUUCCCGGGAACGACACUGCCACAGUAUACGCUCUAUCUGGUGGCGGAUAGCGAAAAGGAACGUACCGAGUGGAUCUCGUCGAUACGGAAAGUCUGCGAGGAAUAUAGUCCGAAGUCGUUCAGCUACCAUCUGGGACUUUGGCUGGGCAGGAAGUGGUCCUGCUGCAGAAGCUUAAAUCGUCGAGCGCUCGGAUGUCAGGUGGCAACGGUAUGGCCGGAGUACAACAAUAAUCCAAGUACUGGAAGCUCUCCUGCCCAAAAUUCUACCCGAAGUACCAGCCCCAACGUGCCGAACGGUCACCUGCCGUUGCCCCAGCAGCAAUCGCAGGUUCAUCCCCAGCAGCAGCAACUGCAACAUCACUCCGGUACGGUGCCGGUGCUUCAGGCGCACCAGCAACAGGCACCGCAGCCCACACAGCACCCGCCGCAGCAGCAGCAGCAGCAUUCCCAGUCCCAUUCGCCCUCGCUGCCGCACUCGGCCCAACAGCAAGUGCACCUUCAGCAGCAGCAACAGCAGCAGCAGGCUGCCCUACAGGCGGCCCUCCAGCAACAACCGCCCCAACUGCAGCAGCAAACAUCACAACAGUCAUCCCAUCAUCUUAACAGCAGCUCGAGCAGCUUAGGCAACAUAACGCCCACCUUCGUCGCACAGCCACAGUCUCCGACUGUGAAUUCCUUUAAAACGGCGUCCCUCAACGGUGUUGGUUUGCACGUGAACGGAGGAGGGGAUUUAAAUAUGCCCGGUGGUCCAACAGUAACGCCUGGAACACCGAACACAAAGGCAAAGGAUGUAUCACCACGGGUGAAGAUCGUCGUUGCGCUCUACCCCUUCAAGGCGAUCGAAAGUGGUGAUCUUUCCCUCGAAAAGAAUGCCGAAUAUGAGGUGAUCGACGAUUCACAGGAGCAUUGGUGGAAGGUAAAGGAUCAGCAUGGCACAAUCGGGUACAUUCCGAGCAACUACGUCAAGGAGAAGGAGCUGCUCGGACUGCAAAAGUACGACUGGUACGUGGGCGACAUGUCCCGGCAGCGUGCGGAAUCACUCCUGAAGCAAAACGACAAGGAAGGCUGCUUUGUGGUGCGCAAAUCAUCCACCAAGGGUCUUUACACACUAUCGCUACAUACCAAAGUACCACAAUCGCACGUGAAGCAUUACCAUAUCAAGCAGAAUGCUCGCAGUGAAUUUUACCUAUCCGAAAAGCACUGCUGUGAAACGAUUCCGGAUUUGAUAAACUACCAUCGCCAUAACUCCGGUGGGCUUGCCUGUCGCCUUAAGACGUCACCGUGCGAUCGUCCAGUGCCACCGACGGCUGGUUUAUCUCAUGACAAAUGGGAAAUUCAUCCCUCGGAAUUGAUGAUCCUGGAGGAGCUCGGUUCUGGACAGUUCGGUGUGGUACGGCGUGCCAAAUGGCGUGGAUCCAUCGAUACGGCCGUCAAGAUGAUGAAGGUUGGCACCAUGUCGGAGGAUGAUUUCAUUGAGGAAGCAAAAGUUAUGACUAAACUUCAACAUCCCAACCUGGUGCAGCUGUAUGGUGUUUGCUCGAAGCAUCGACCCAUCUACAUCAUCACCGAGUACAUGAAGCAUGGAUCUCUGCUGAACUACCUACGAAGGCACGAGCAAUCGCUGAUUGGAAACAUGGGACUGCUGCUGGAUAUGUGUAUACAGGUCUGCAAGGGCAUGUCCUAUCUGGAGCGUCAUAACUACAUACAUCGCGAUUUGGCUGCACGCAAUUGUUUGGUCGGUUCGGAAAACACAGUAAAGGUGGCAGACUUUGGCCUGGCGCGGUAUGUGCUGGACGAUCAGUACACAAGCUCCGGUGGUACCAAGUUCCCCAUCAAAUGGGCCCCACCGGAGGUACUAAACUAUACGCGCUUCUCCUCCAAGAGUGAUGUUUGGGCAUACGGUGUUCUGAUGUGGGAAGUGUUCACGUGUGGCAAGAUGCCGUACGGUCGCCUAAAAAAUACCGAAGUCGUCGAACGUGUCCAGCGCGGCAUCAUACUGGAAAAGCCCAAAGCGUGCGCAAAGGAAAUUUAUGAUGUCAUGAAAAAGUGCUGGUCCCACAGUCCCGAGGAUCGUCCCGGAUUCCGAAUACUGAAAGAUCAGCUUGCCGCCGUCGCCCAGGGACUCACGGAUUAGAAGAGUAGCGGUUCUAGAGUUGAUUGAGUGGCAUUUUACGUUACACUCGAUGCGCCUAACUUUAAGCUAGUUCGAUAAGCUCGAUAGCUCGAAAAUGUCUGAAUCGAUAACUAAGCGAUGGCAAGCGUUAAUCUCUUCUUUAAUCUUCUUUUGUUUGAUUACGAAUGUAUGUUCUUUUUUUUUGUAAAAACAAUAUCUCUAGACGAGGUAAUUUAGCAAACCGGGUUAGUUCUGCCAGCGUAAACCUUUUAUUUUAGGACACCGUCACUUAACGCAAACCUUUAAACAGAAGCUGCGUUUAAGCAAGACAUUCGGCGGAGGAAUUGAAAGUGAACAUAGAGUGCCAGAUUUAUAUGUUCUAGUAUACGUUUGGGUUCCGUGUGUACACGGGUGAAGGCAUCGUGCGGUACGCUAUCCGGUUCUGUUUCAGUAAGCGAUAAACUUUUCAAACAUUAAUGGAAUCAUUAAAAUGACUGAGCGAAGCUAAGAGCUAAUGUAUGAGUACAGACGAUAGCGAAUAACAAUAAACCGUGUGCGAAUACUUGCUUCCUAUGCGGUAGGGUCCGCAUCUUUAAACAUUACUAUCGUUAUAUCGUAAAGCUAUGAUAUACUAUCUAUAACAUACACAACUGUAACUAUGCUGCGGACGCGACGGUGUGCACAUAUGUUCGGAAUUUCGCGAGUGAUAUAAAGUGAUUGGAAGAAGCACACCAGAGCAACCAGACAUCACACGAUGCUGCGAGUAUUCCAACCGUUUGUAUGCGGUAUUAGAUUGUGCAGACAUACUAACAAAACAUACACACACAAAACACGAAAUCUAUCGUAACAUACCAGGUCUCUUAUAACUAAACAAAACCAUGGGAAAUUGUAAGGAAAAGUGAAAUCAAACGUAACGUAUUCGGCGGCGAGCACCAUUUGCUGCUCUUAAACCCGCUAAGCUAGAUUAAUGAACUAAUCGCAAAAAACAACGGCAGCCAACCGUGCUGCAUUGAUGGGAACAUUUGUAGGAAGUAUUUAAGUGAUAUUUAAGAUUAUAUUUACCUGUUUCCUCUCCGUUCUCAAGUCUUCAUCUCACGCGAAGGAGCUUUGUAUUGGAUAUGCAUUUCCUAUCCUUUGUUUGCUUUAUUGUAUAUAGGUUACUGAUUUGUGAACUGUAAAAGCGAACUGGAUUAACUUUUUUUCUUCCUUUCCAAUUUUUACUUAGUUAAUGUAUCGAUUGUCUUACGUUCAUGGGCACUGCCCAUUAUCUCACCUCAACCGUUAGUGAAUUGUAUCUUUCUCAUUUUGAUUUACUUGAUGUUAGAAGGUAAAUGUUUUGAUAAUUCAAUUUCGGCAAACAUUUGCCAUCGUCCGCAGGGAUGAAUAUUUGAGCAGGUUGUCCGUGGUGUUACUACCAUAGAUAGAAUUACGUUUUAUUAUUUAAUUAUCAUCAUCAUCGUUCAAUAAGCAAGGCAGCGGGUGUGUGCACCCGUACGGCUUACGAUCUUUGCCCAAUAAUGAUGAUACCGAAUUACCGAUGAAACUCAAACUAUAGUAGAGCGAUCUAUCCGUAGCAGGCAGAAAAAAAACGGUGGUAAGCUCCGCUUCUACUGAUACUAUUACUAUGAACUACUACUAUUACCUUUACUACCUAAGCAAACAGUUAAUAUAUCAAAUCAAACACGUACGAUCGCUACGAUACUGUGUGCGAGAGGAACCGAAAUUGCCAUUCGUUUUGUUUUGUUUGAUGUUCAGAGCAAAUAAUGCAACACAACAGUCAGAUCCAGAUCGACCAGUAGCUAUAUCGAUGGUGUUGUAACUUACGUCCGAUGAUGUGGUGUUGCUAAAUGGAUUUGAAAUCAAAAUGGAAACGAACAGUCGUCAGAUGUAAAUCCGUCAGAUCACCCGCUAGGAGGGAUGUAGCGAUGAGAUAGCAAUAUCGAUAAACGAAGGGAAAUAAUAAUAAUACAAAACAGAAAGAAUCACACACAAACACGAACCCAAUGGCGUUAAAGCGUUGGUGGUAUAAACUAGUAACUACAGUUAGCAUAGAUAUCAAAAUGUCAGCGUAAACGCGGUAAAGCAAAAAAAUGCAGAAUACAAUAACAAAACCAUUUACGGGAAAGCAAGCUAAUCAGCUAAUAGUCGUUAAAUCGUUUUUUGUUUUGGUUUGAGUAGCGUACGAAGCAUUCGCAAGAACCGACAAAACAAUUCAAGCAAACUGCUGACGGAUGAUGAAAUAAGAAGAGAAAAGAGAGAGAGGAAAUACAGCAAAAAAAAACAAAACAUAUGCAGUGGAUUAACAAUAUCAAAAAAAGAAGAAACAAAAACAAAAGCUAAUCUAAUGCUUUGAGAAGUGAUUGAAACACGAAGGCCCAAAAAGGGAAACACUCUGCAGGUUUAAAAGCAAUGUUUAACGACGUUUAAACCCAACUUGAUCGCCGGUUUGAAUUUCGCGACGGAACAUUUGCAGCAGUGCGUUUGAAUGCAAAAUAAGAGGGCGGAAAAAAACGGAGCAAAACAAAAUAUGCCGAUACCGAUGGAAAUCUUAUUGGAUAGAUGUCGAUCCAUUUUUUUUACACUACAAAUAAACAAAAAAGCAAAAUGUCUUGUAUGAAAUGAAA